AUGAUAUCUCUCACUCUACGUACAACAACUGCUUUUCGUCUGGAUACUGCUAAAGUUCGAAUUGGCAACGAUGAGAAUAGAGGAAAACAUGUUGUCGAUUAUACACUAAUUAUCACAACAAUUGGUACUGAAAAAUCAACAAUAUUUAACAAAUUAUCUCAAGCAGCUACGAAACGAGAAGAAUUUGGGAAGCAGCGAAAUGUGCUAAAAACGACCGAUAAAUUACUUCAUCAUGCUCUUGAUGAAGAAAAACUAACAAAGAAAAAAGCUGGCAAAACACAGAAAGAUCAAUACUCCCGACAUAUGAUUACAAAUGAUAGCAAGUCCUAUAGUCUGCUCAAAACGAUGCAUACAGGUGUUGAUUCAUAUCGUAAAACAAGAGCUGAUGGUCAUGUUCUAUAUCAAAACCUCAUAUUACAUUUCUUGCAGCUAGUAAUGGUUCGUUUGGCAAAAUCAAUUGAUCAAACUGCAUGUGUUACUGCUGAAUUAAGUCAUAUUGAGUUAACAAUGGAUUUAUUGAACCAAUUCAUCAAUUCUCACGAUUUUAACACAUUUGGAACAAUUUCUUUUGAAAUUUAUUGUCAAAUUGUUGAUUUUAUUCAAAAUCUAUAUCCACCAGGUAACAAUACGAUUAUUAAAAUAUCAGCGAAAACUGUUGAAUCGGCAAUUUACUGUAUGGAUAUCAGCAUGAUAAAGUAUCUGAAUCAAUUCAAUAUUGACUCGACUUGUACAGCUGCUAUACUUGAAUUGCCUAUGCAUCCGCCACACACACUCAAGACGGGUACAAAUCCAUCGAUAUCCCAGGACGAACAUUACAGUGGCCGUAAACAGCCGUGCACGAUACCGCAAACGGCCGUAACCGUCAGAAUUACGACCGUAUACGGGCCGUAAAUAACCCGUUUGGUAUGCCCCGUAUUACGGCCGUAACCCACCGUGACGUAAACGGUGAAACCCACCUACCGAAAACAGUGGACCCCAACUACCGUAAACGUUAAAAACAGUGCCGUGACACAGUCGUAUUUUGAACGAAACGACAGUUUACGACAACGAGAAUCGCCGUAUCUUAACAUAUACAGCCGUUUACGACCACCACGACUACCGUACAUCAAAGUAAACGGCCGUUUUCCAUUCGUU